ACUAAUGUACUAAAUUCUCAGUAUUCCGCGAGAGCAACAGUGAUUGAUUCAAUGUAACAUUGAAGAGCUAAGUGUCAUUUUUUGCACUACAAAAAGAUUGAAGCGUCACUUAUACUCGGUAAGGUAACACACUGUUGUGGAUUACGUAUAUUGGUAUCUCAUCAGCAAAAUUGUUAACGAAGUGAAAAGUAAAUGACACUAUUUCGUGUGCGCUAUGUGCUUACACAUAGUGUGCAACUCUUGUAGGAGGGAACACGCACACAGUUUUGUAGAGGAAACAAGCGCCUUGCUGCAGCACAACAAGGAAAGUAAGGAAACAAAGUGGAAGGGGAACCCGCGCGGCAGGCAGCUCGCUAUGUGAAACGCAGGCGGUACCUAGCGGCGACCGUGACAACCACGCGCAGGAGCGCUCGUGCUGCGAUAUAAGGCAGGUCAGCGCGCCGCAUUCGUUCACAGUGGCCGUUGCAGUGUGGUGUGAGCGAGGUCUGGCUAGGUUGCCGAAAUGAGUGAUAGCGAGGCCGUGUACCAUCCGGACCCCGCUCUGUCGCGGCGGUCCUACAUAGGAUCCAUGAAGCAAUAUCAGGACAUGUACAGACGUUCUAUUGACGAGCCUGAGGAGUUUUGGGGCGAUAUGGCUAAACAAUUCCAUUGGGAAACUCCUGUGACUUCAAAGUUUCACUCAUACAAUUUUGACAUCACCAAAGGACCAAUUUCUAUAAAAUGGAUGGAAGGUGCAACGACAAACAUAAGCUACAAUUUGCUUGAUAGAAACGUACGGAAUGGACUUGGCGACAAAAUAGCGUUUUACUGGGAGGGGAAUGAUCCAGAAGAUUAUAGCAGAUUAACUUACAAGAAACUGUUGGAAGAAGUUUGCCGUUUUGCUAAUGUGCUUAAAUCCCACGGUGUGACCAAAGGUGACAGAGUUGCUAUCUAUAUGCCAAUGGUGCUAGAAGUUGUAAUCACAAUGCUGGCUUGUGCACGUAUUGGAGCUGUACAUUCCAUUGUGUUUGCUGGUUUCUCUGCUGAUUCUCUGGCAGAGAGGAUGCUUGAUUCAAAGUGCAAAUUACUUGUUACUGCAGAUGGAGCAUGGCGAGGAGAGAAAUUGUUGCACCUUAAAGAAAUAUGCGAUAAUGCUAUGGAAAGGAGCAAGAAAUUAGGACAUGAAGUGGAAACCUGCAUAGUUGUCAGACACUUGCCAAGGUUAAGUGCCUCGCAGUGUCAGAAUGGUUGUGAAAAAGCUAAUUUCUCACCAGAAAAAAGGAAAGCAUAUGAUGAAAAGGUACCCUGGAAAGAUGGGAGGGAUCACUGGUGGGAUGAUGAAAUGGAAGACGCUUCUUCUUCAUGUUAUCCUGUGUGGAUGGGAGCUGAAGACCCACUAUUCAUGCUGUACACCAGUGGAUCCACUGGUAAACCAAAGGGAGUACUUCACACCACAGCAGGGUAUCUUUUGUAUGCUGCAACUACUUUCAAAUAUGUUUUCGACUAUCAUCCAGGAGAUGUCUAUUGGUGUACUGCAGAUGUUGGUUGGAUCACAGGUCAUACAUAUGUUGUUUAUGGGCCCCUAGCUAAUGGUGCAACAUCUGUAAUGUUUGAGGGAACACCAUUCUACCCGGAGAAUGACAGGUUCUGGCAGAUAGUAGACAAAUACAGGGUGAACCAAUUCUAUACUGCACCCACUGCAAUCAGAGCUCUGAUGAAAUUUGGUGAUGAACCAGUGAAAAAACAUAGUUUAAAGACACUGCAGGUACUUGGUUCUGUUGGUGAACCAAUCAAUCCAGAAGCAUGGAUGUGGUAUUACAAACUUAUAGGCCAUAGCAAAUGUUCAAUUGUAGAUACUUUCUGGCAAACAGAAACAGGAGGCCAUGUUCUUACGCCAAUUCCUGGAUGCACACCAAUGAAACCAGGAUCUGCUACAUUUCCUUUCUUUGGUGUUCUCCCAGCCCUACUGGAUGAAAAUGGAAGAGAGAUAACUGGCCCAGGUGAAGGGUACUUAGUUUUCAGGAGGCCAUGGCCAGGUAUUAUGCGGACAUUGUACGGAAAUCAUGAGAGAUUUGAAACAACGUACUUCAAGAAGUUUCCUGGAUAUUAUUGCACUGGAGAUGGAGCAAGAAGAGACAAAGAUGGAUACCUCUGGAUAACAGGGCGUGUAGAUGACAUGCUAAAUGUCUCUGGGCAUUUACUUAGUACAGCUGAAGUGGAAUCUGCUCUUGUAGAGCACGCAUCAGUUGCGGAAGCUGCAGUAGUGUCACAGGCACAUCCUGUUAAAGGAGAGUGCUUAUACUGCUUUGUGACUCCCGUCGAGGGAGCAGAAUUUUCGAAAAAGCUUGUUGAUGAUUUGAAACGGAAAGUUCGUGAGAAAAUUGGACCAUUUGCAGCACCAGAAGUUAUUCAGUAUGCCCCAGCAUUGCCUAAAACCCGUUCCGGAAAGAUAAUGAGGAGGGUACUAAGAAAAAUUGCACAAAAUGACAGAGACAUUGGUGAUAUAUCAACUUUAGCAGAUGAAAGCAUUGUUGAAAUUUUAUUCCAGAACAGGCCAGCUGGGCUUAAAGGUUAAAGAGCAACCAAACAAUGUACCACUGCGUACCAAACAAAUCAGUAUUUGUAACAUUUGUAAGUGUUGUGUUAUAUGUGUAAAUGUUUUAGCUGCUAAUUGUGUAAAUAAAACUGAGAAAGGACUGACAGUUUAGAUGAACAUUGUUAAAUGUGACUUCUUCCAUUACAUCUUCAAUGUGACAGCUUAAAUUAUGGAAUGUGGAAAAUUUCACUGUGCAUUGACAGAAAAAUAUAGGUUAAAUAGAUCCCUUGAAAAUUUUAAAUGUUGUAGAACCAUGCAUGCACAAUGAAAUUGACAACACAUUUCCUGUUUCCUGCCACAGUUCCAGUAACCAAAUGCACUCAGUAUUCUAUAAAUGGAAUAAAUGUAAUAUUAUUUUUUGCUGGACUUUUAGAUGAAAUGACAUCCACUUUAGUCAUUUUAAUGAUCUCAUUGCCCUUUGUUGAGGGUUUGUGUUUAAAUGACACAACAAAUGCAUAACAAUGCAGAAACGAUACAUAUCAUUUCAGGAACAAUUUUGUAAUUAAAUGUGCAAGGUCAUAUUCAGGAUAAAUAUUUAUUGUACAGAACAUGAAAACAUACGUCCAACUAUUUUUAACUCAUUUUGAGAUUGUACAAUUUAUGCUUAUUAAAUUAUGUUCAAAAGUUUUCUAUUUUUGUGGUAAAUAUCUGUGUACAAUAGGCAAAUGAAAAAAUAAAUAAAAUUUUAAAGUUUUA